CCGCGACCCCGGGGCUGCCCUGCUCUUCCUUUCCUGCACCCUGAGGACAAGCUCAGCGGCGUGGGCGCUGCUCCCUGGGCUGAGAGCCUCCGGCUGUAAAGCGCAGCCUCUGGUGGAGUCGGGAAAGUGGAUCCUCAGUGCUGAGCGAGCUUCUGUCUCCUCCCUCAGUGUUUCUGCCCCAGGGCCUGCAACAUGAGCAUCCCUGACUACGUGCAGUGUGCUGAGGACUAUGAGACUAUUCCCGUGGUGGUCAAACCAGUGGGGAUCAUCUCAGAGGAGAAUUUCUUUUGCAUCUAUAAGCGAAUCUCUUUGGUGAGCCAGAUCAGCCCGUGCAGCUCCCAGGGCACACUCUGUAUGCACUACAGGCACCACUAUGCGCCCAAGAAUGGAUGGAGCGGCUUCCAGACCCAUCUCAAGCUGAGCAGCCGCGCACCAACGUGGCCUUCAAUCUACGAGGACUGCAGGGUGGUGGAGAAGAGGAUUGAGGACUUCACUGAGUCACUCUUCAUCUUGCUCAAGUCUAAGUGGCUGGAUGUGGCCCCCGACAACUCUGGGGACAAGAUCCCACUCCUCUGCAUCCUGUUUGAGAAGGAGGACUUCAUAGGAUUGGACACAGACAGCAGGGCCCUGUGAUCUACAUGCCGGCGCUCCCCAUCUGCUCCUUGGAGAUGAGGUGUCAUGUUUAGGAGCCUGGGCACUGCUGAGGGCACAGCAGGCAGCACCGUGCUACACCGAGGCUGGCUCCGUUCACCUCACAUGUCACCUCCUGCUGAUCCCCCAGGCGUCAGUCAAGAUCGUUUUGGUUACUGAGACCCUCGAAUUCCCAUAUGAAUUAUAACAGCAGCUAAUCAGUUUUUGCAGAGGAGACCGCUGGGAUUGUGAUCGAGACCACGCAGAAUAUACGGAACACUCUGGGGAGCACUGCCAUUCCAAGAGCACUGUCUUCUGAUCCAGGAAUGUACGUGGAGUGUCUGUCCAGGUGCCCUCACAUCCAGUGGCAUCCAUCCAGACACCAACAGUGACACUGGCCAUGCUCAGAACUGCCUCAGCCCUAAAGACACAAGUGACAAAUAGAAGGGGUCUGCGCCCUGUUACAUCAGGUUCUCUCACUUUUUGGGUCCUUAUGUAACUGCGCGGUGUUAAUCAGGAUCGCCCGUUCUACAUUGUGUGGCGCUGCUGCGGUGUUUCCUAGUUAUUUGUUUCUGAGAAUUACGGCCUGCUGCUAGAGUGUUUGAUCAGGAUAAAUGAUUUGUUUCUAUAAGAUGCCACGUACAGUCACAAUCUCAGUGAGAAAUGGGCUGUCACCUCUUCAUCUGCAACUCAGUGCUCGACAGGACAUCGGGGCAAAGCCAGUCCGUAAUUUGUUUGUGAUGCAACUGUCCACGUGGGUCAAAUCAUGGUGCCACUCUAAAACCUCCAAAAAAAACCAAAGUUGAUUUUCUAUUUUGCAACUUGCCAUCUCAACAUAAGUGCAGAAGAGUUAACAUCGUGAAAGCUCAGAGCCCGGAGAAUAGGCUUUCCUGGAUAUUUCAUGCUAAAGGCAACUUUCUCUUACAAAAGGAUCUGAGGAGCAGGAGCAAGGAACGCAGGGAGAGAUCCAGGAAGACAUCUGACUGUGUUAAGAGACGACAGUCACAGCCACACGGGGAGCGAUGACACUUGCAGCAAAGUAAAACGACUUCACAACUAUUGCAUCAGAGCUGCCGGUGUGAGAGAGCCUAAGCCUGUCUCAGAGUGCAGGGGACAAGUGGAAAGGAAUGUGUAAGAAUGCUGGUGACUGAGUUAGAAGCACGCUUCAAAGCUGUCCAUGUCCUUGCCAUCCAGAAGCGGAGCCUGGGAGCUUCAGAAUUUCUCCAGAAUGCGGUUUACUUUCAUCUUCGACAGCAUUCCUAGGAGAGAAUUCAGCAGUGCAGCAUCCUCUCCGAGCUCUAUGAGUUGAUCGGCUUCCACCGCAAGUCCGCCUUCUUCAAGCGGGUGGCCCCCGUGCAGCGCGCGGCCCCCGGCAUCCCGGAGCCUGGCGGGAAGGUCUUCUACCGACUCCUUCUGCAGACGCUUCCUGGCUACAGUCUGUCGCUGGAUCUGCAGGACUUCAGCAAAGGUGUUGGAACUAAAACAUUGCUUCAGUCCCAUUAACCAUGCCUGGUUUGGGCCCUGCUGUCCUGUCUCAUCAGGGUGAAUUGUGAUUCGUUUAGAACAGGGCUCAGCAGAGUUUUUCUGUCAAGGGCUUGGGAGUAAGUAUUUCAGGGUCUGCAAACCUCCUGAUCUCUGGUGCGGCUGCUCAGCUCUGCUGUUCAGACGCCAGAGCAGCUGGACAUUCCACACACCCACAGAGUUUUAUUAACAGCUUUGGCUGGGGCUGGAUUCGGUGUAUGAACUGCAGUUUCUCCCCAGAGCUCCUCACUAUUGACGCCUGCACCAGAGCGUGCAUUUGCGACAAUGGGUGAACUUGCACUGACAAGUCAUCAUCACCCAGAGCCCAGACUUGACACUAGGAUUUACACUUGGUGGUGUGCACUCUGUGGGUUUGGACAGAUGUGCAAUGACAUGUAUCCACCGUCACAGCAUCAUACAGAGUAGUCUGUCUUAGUGAUCUUAAAAUGCUCCGUGCUGCACCUCAUUCAUUGCUCCUUCCCCUCUAGCCUCUGACAGCCACUGAUCUUUUAGUCUCUGUGGUUUUCCCUUUCCCAGAACACCAUACAGUUGGAAUCAGACAGUUGCGGAACCUUCCCAGAUUGGCUUCUUUCACUUAGUAAUAUGCAUUUAAGGUUCCUCCAUGUAUUUCCAUGCCUUGAUAACUCAUUUCAUUUUAGCACCAAAUAAUAGUCCAUUUUCUGGCUGGACCACAGUUUAUCCAUUCACCUACUGAAGAACAGCUUAGUUGUUUCUGAGUUCUGGUGAUUAUGAAUAAAGCUGCUAUUAACAUCUGUAUGCAGAUUUCUGUGUGGACAUAAGUUUCCAUUUCAUCGAGUAAACACCAAGGAGCACAGUUGCCGGAUCAUAUGUUAGGAGUACGUUUAGUUUUGUAAAAAAUUGCCAGACCGUCUUCCAAAAUAUCUGGGCCAUUUUACAUUCCCACCAGCAAUGCAUGAGAAUUCCUGAUGCUCCACAUCCUCACCAGCAUUCGGUGCUGUCAGUGUUCUGCUUUUUGGCAGUUCUGACAGGUGUGCAGUGGUACCUCGCUGUUUCAGUCUGCAUCCCCUUGAUGACAGAUGCUGUGGAGCAUCUUUCCAUAGACUUCUUUGGCAUGUAGAUUUCUUCUUUGAUGAGGUGUGUGUUCAGGCAUUUUGCUCAUUUUUUAAUCAGGUUGUUCAUCCUUCUUGUUGAGUUUAAAGAGAUUUUGGUAUAUUCUGGAUAUCAGCCCUUUAUCAAUGUGUCCCUGCCCUUCACCUGCAGCACCGGAGUUGUCCUUUGGGUCUCAGUGGAGUGUCAGCUCUUCAAAGAGGUUCCCUGUCUUCCCUCAGCCUAAAUACUGUCCUUGUAUUUUUCACUUUCAUUGACUCAUUUUGUUCUUUUUAAAUAGCAUUUCCCAUAAUUUGUAAGUACAUUAAAAAAAAGGGCAAUGAUUGAACACCACCUCCCCCACCAGGCUGUGUGCUCUGUGAGAGCAGAGGCCCUGUCCCCACUCACCGUUUCCCAUGACAGCACAUGGCACAUGUCCAUGUAAAAGUGUGUAACGUGGGGCCAAACCUGAUGAGCAGCUAUGAUGACAUGUGUUGGCUUCCAUUUAUUGAGUAGACUUUGUUUCUGAUCUUAAUUAUUAAAUCAUAUGAAUGAAACUUGUUUGUUUUGAAAAAUAAACAACAAAGCACACCUCCAUUUGAUUGGUAGUUUUCACUUAGCUUUCUGACCCAGGAGGGGAUGUUCACCAUCAUUUUGUGGAGGAGGUUGGGGAGGUAAAGUAAGAGAGUGAGAUUAAAUAAAGUAAAAAUGAUAACUA